AAGGGUUUGGCACUCUUACAGCUGUUAUUGAUGGCAUCCAUCUCUCAGGCUGAGGAGCCGGUGUGCAAGUGGAGAGGAGAUCCAGAGAGCCCCCAGCUUUCCAAGGAUGGGGAUAUAAUAUUGGGGGGGCUCUUCUCUUUUCACAGCACGUGGAUAAACAGACAGGAGACCUAUAAGCACAAACCAAUGCCACUGCAAUGCACCAGUUUGCAUUUCAGAGAGUUCCAGUUUGCCCAGGCUAUGCUCUUUGCCAUUGAAGAAAUUAAUAACAGCACAGACCUACUACCUGGCAUCUCUCUAGGAUAUAAGAUAUAUGACGUCUGUGGCUCCAUUGCCAGAGGUGUAAGAGUUGCACUGGCCUUGGCAAAUGGUAAUGAAGUAUUUUCAUCUUCUGAAGCACCUUGUAGCAGACCUGCCCAAGUGCAGGCCAUAAUGGGAGAGACAUCUUCCUCUCCUUGCAUGGCUAUAUCUACUGUCAUUGGACCUUUUUAUAUCCCAAUGAUCAGCCACUUUGCUACUUGUGCUUGUCUCAGUGAUAAAACCAAGUACCCAUCAUUCCUUAGAACAAUACCCAGUGACUACUACCAGAGCAGAGCCCUAGCUCAGUUGGUCAAGCACUAUGGCUGGACUUGGGUUGGAGCUAUUAAUACCAAUGAUGAUUAUGGCAAUAAUGGCAUGGCAAUAUUUAUCGAAACUGCCAAGCAGCUGGGCAUCUGUCUGGAGUACUCAGUGUCGGUCUUUAGAACAGAUCCACCAGAAAAAAUACUAAAGAUAGUUGACAUUAUCAAAGCGUCAACUUCCAAGGUGAUUGUUGCUUUCCUCUCCCACUUGGAUAUGGACAUGGUUAUACACGAAUUCUCUCACCACAACUUGACUGGGUACCAGUGGGUAGGCAGUGAAAGCUGGAUCUUCGAUUCCCAAACUGCAGCCAUGGACAGGCAUCACAUUCUGGAUGGUGCCAUAGGCCUGUCCAUCCCCAAAGCACAUGUCAGUGGCAUGAGAGAGUUCAUGUUGGAUGUAAAGCCGCUCAAUUCAACCAGUAAUGAAUUAUUUACAGAGUUUUGGGAAAAACUAUUUAGCUGUGAGUUCAAGUGGUCAAAGUCUUCAGCAGAGAAUCAGAGAGAAUGCACUGGACAUGAAGAUCUGAGUGGAGUGCAAAACAGCUUCACUGAUAUGUCACUCAUGCCUAUCUUUAACAAUGUUUAUAAAGGAGUGUAUGCUGUGGCCCAUGCAUUUCAUAAUAUGUUCACUUGUAAUAAAUCAUGUAACAACAAGGUGCAACUGGAUCCAUUUAUGAUUUUACAGCAUGUAAAACAGGUCAACUUCAAAACAAAGGAUGGAGAUGAGGUUUACUUUAAUGAGUACGGAGAUCCAGCAGCAAAGUAUGAAAUUAUUAACUGGCAGCCAACAGAAAAUGGCAUUGUGGACUUUGUCACAGUUGGUCUUCACGAUUCAUCUUUACCUGCAGACAAACAGCUGAAUCUGUUAAAUAAGUCUCUCAUUUGGGCGAAGAACUCACAACAGGUGCCUCUCUCAGUUUGUAGUGAGAACUGUCCCCCUGGAACUCGCAAGGUUCUCCAGAAAGGAAAGCCUGUCUGCUGCUAUGACUGUUUAAGAUGUGCAGAGGGAGAAAUCAGUAACAUCACAGAUUCCAUCACCUGUGUGCGAUGCCAUCCUGAGUUCUGGUCAAAUGAGAAAAGAGAUGCCUGUGUAAAGAAGGAGGCAGAGUUUCUCUCAUAUGAAGAGAUUAUGGGAGCACUGCUCACUGCAGCUUCUCUCUUUGGAACAUGCAUGACUGCUGUUGUGGCGUUCAUUUUCUUCAGAUACAGACAGACUCCUGUUGUCAGGGCCAACAACUCUGAGCUGAGCUUCCUGCUGCUCUUCUCUUUGACUCUGUGUUUCCUGUGUUCUCUGACCUUCAUCGGCCGGCCCUCUGAGUGGUCCUGCAUGCUGCGACACACAGCAUUCGGCAUCACCUUUGUCCUCUGUAUCUCUUGUGUUCUGGGGAAAACAAUAGUGGUGUUAAUGGCCUUCAGGGCCACACUCCCAGGUAGUGAUGUGAUGAAAUGGUUUGGGCCUGCACAACAGAAACUCAGUGUUCUGGGUUUCACUCUUGUGCAAGUUAUCAUAUGUAUCCUCUGGUUAACGAUUUCUCCUCCUUUUCCCUUUAAGAAUUUUAAGGAGUCCAAGGAGAAAAUCAUCUUAGAGUGUGCUCUGGGCUCAGCUGUAGGCUUUUGGGCUGUACUUGGGUACAUAGGACUUCUGGCCAUGUUAUGUUUUAUCCUUGCUUUUCUGGCUCGGAAACUGCCUGAUAAUUUCAAUGAAGCCAAAUUUAUCACCUUUAGCAUGCUGAUAUUCUGCGCUGUAUGGAUCACUUUUAUCCCAGCAUAUGUCAGCUCUCCUGGGAAGUUCAGUGUUGCUGUGGAGAUAUUUGCUAUUCUGGCUUCAAGUUUUGGACUGCUCAUUUGUAUUUUUAUUCCAAAAUGUUACAUUAUCUUACUGAAACCAGAGAAGAAUACAAAAAAAAACAUGAUGGUUAGAGGGGCACCAAAAUCAUCCUGA